CACAGACCUCAAGUGACCAAGAUAGUGGAUAUCAACCUCCCGCGAACUCUACCGAGCAUGGUAAGGUGACGGAAAAGCAAUAUACACCACCAUUUUUAUUAUAUUAUCUACCGAGGGCACCCUUUCAUCGCCUCUCAAUCGCUUCAAUUCGCAGCACCGAACAAGCCCUCAUCUACCUAGAAACCAUGGCCGCCUCUAAAUUCACCGUCCGAGCUCCUUGCUCCUCCGCCAACAUUGGCCCUGGCUUCGAUGUCAUCGGCCUCGCCCUCUCAAUGUACCUCGAGCUGAAAGUCACCGUCGACCCCUCCGAAACCAGCUCCCUCCCCCUCAACUGCCGCAUAACCUACGAGGGCCAGGGCGCCCCCGACGUCCCCCUCGACCCAGAGGUCAACCUGAUCACGAAAGUCGCCCUCUACGUCCUCCGCUGCCACGGCCAGCGCGUCUUCCCCAAGAACACCCACGUCCACGUCAUCAACCCCAUCCCCCUCGGCCGCGGCCUCGGCUCCUCUGGCUCCGCCGUCGUCUCCGGCGUCGUCCUCGCCAAUGAAGCAGGCAAGCUUGGCCUCUCAAAGGCCCGCAUCCUCGAUUACUGCCUGAUGGUCGAGCGCCACCCCGAUAACAUCGCUGCGACACUCUACGGUGGCUUUGUUGGCACCUACCUCAACGAGCUUAAGCCCGCUGAUGUCGCGCGCCUCGAGAUCCCGAUAUCCGAAGUCCUCUCCAACACCGGCGGUGUGGAUACGGGCCUGAACCCCCCGGAGCCACCGUUCAACAUUGGGCACUUCCAUAAGUUCAAGUGGGCGCCGGAGAUUAGGUGUAUCGUCGUGAUUCCGGACUUCGAGGUCGCGACGGCGAAGGCGAGAGAGGUGUUGCCGACAAGCUAUACUAGACCAGAUAUCGUGUUUAACCUGCAGCGCGUGGCGCUCCUGCCUACGGCUCUGGGUGAAUCGCCGCCAGACCCAGAGUUCAUCUACCUGUCGAUGCAGGAUAAGAUCCACCAGCCAUACCGCAAGACUUUGAUCCCAGGAUUGACAGAGAUCCUACAGAGCAUAUCGCCCAAGUCGCACCCGGGUCUCUUGGGUACUUGCCUGAGCGGUGCCGGACCAACUAUCAUGACGCUGGCAACGGACAACUUUGAGAAUAUCGCUAAUCAUUUGAUUUCGGAGUUCAAGAAGGAGGGCAUUACAUGCGCAUGGAAGCUAUUGGACACUGCGCAGGAUGGAACGACUGUUAUAUAUGAUGCUUAAUAAGUUAGGCUAUGGGAACGGUUGGGAUGGCUGCUUUGAUCUUAUACCUAGACGGUUACUUUGGGAAGGAGCGAUUGGAUGCUUGCCAGUUUGGGGGGGGGCAAGAUCGUAUACAUGGCCACAGGCAAGCGCAAGCGGUGCAUGCACUCAGGGGCAAGAGAGGGAGACUGGAGCAGAAAUGAAUAUUUAUGGAUAGUCCGCAUGGCAGCACCGUACUGGGAUUGUCGUACAGCCUCGCACAGCCCCCGCUGCGUUGGAUUGUUCGCGGAAACGUUUGAAAGUGUUUGUUGGAUAGUCAGACUACAUACACUGAACACAGCAUUACACAAAUUACACAACCACGCGAAACGUCCCACGUUCAAACAAAGCAACUGACUCACUGUAUAACCCUCCAUCUCUCACAACCCAGUCAUCCCCAGUCGCACCUUCCUCCGGUCUCCUCCUGCUCCCGACGCGUCCCUCCCCAUCCAGACCCGC